AUGGGUAAACCAAAGAAGCUAUCUGGUAGCGCUCAAUCGACCUUGAUGCAAAUACAAUCAUCGUCAAUGAUAUCGAAAAGAAAAGAAGGCAAGUUAAACUCGAAUAGCAUUGCCAAAAAGUUAGUAUCAAUGCAAUUGGACGCUGCUCUGUUAGCACCCAUUGUGAAGAUGGAAGGCAUUGGUGAAUCCAAACAGGACCUUCCAUUACCGUCCCACAGAAUAAAGAAGACAAAAGCAAAGGUUGGACGUCGUAAGUCACAUAAGAAAUUGCGAAGGAAGGUUGAGAGAGCCUUGGUGAAUAUGGAUAAAACCGAGAUGGUCGUUGGCGGUGAGUUAUUAGACGAUGACGAUGGGGAGACUCUAUUUGAAGUUGAUUAG